AAAAAUAAAACUAGGAAUGAAAUUCCCAACCGAGCACACCGGGUACUCCAGAUAUCUCACUAUUCACCGGCGAGCUUUCCCUAAACUCUAUUAUCUGGAACUGAUUGAAGUCGUAUUUCUCUUCCGGCAGUUUAAAUUGAUUACGGACUCGUGAAUCCGUCGGCGAGAAUUCGUACUUCGAAGGGUGAUGAACCAAAAUUCUAAUCCGGCAGUGGAAGUGAAGCUUGUGGCUGCUGGAAAGUAUCCGCCGGGUUGCCGAGGCCAGGAUUCGAUCGCCGCACGCCAGGUGCUGGCUUCGAUGACGAUGCCGGGGCAGAUCGACGGUGGAGAUGUAGGCGUGAGCUCUGAUGGACAGGGGAUCCUGCACUACACGCGAGAGCACGACGAGAACAAUUGCGGCGGGGUGGAAAACGGAAUGGAUGAGGAUCAGAACGGCAUGAUGGAGAGCGAGGGGAUGGAGGGAGAUGGACCGUCUGAUCCGGGUCAUCCCUGCGAUCCGCAGGGCAUGAUAGUUCCGCAUGGCGGAAGCAACCAGCUUACGCUUUCUUUCCAGGGCGAGGUUUAUGUGUUUGAUUCUGUCUCCCCAGAGAAGGUUCAGGCAGUGCUUCUAUUAUUGGGAGGACGGGAAAUCUCUAAUAGCUUGGCUGCAUUCCCUUCAACUGCGGAUCUAAGCACUAAGCAACGGUCAAAUCUACCCCAUAGAGUUGCUUCCUUGAUGAGAUUCCGUGAGAAGAGGAAAGAGCGGAAUUUUGAUAAGAAGAUACGCUAUACGGUUCGGAAGGAGGUUGCUCUUAGGAUGCAGCGUAGUAGGGGGCAGUUCGUAUCAUCGAAGUCAAAGACCGAAGUUGUAACAUCUGAUGUUAUCAAUUGGCCUAACCAGCACUGGGACAUAGUAGAAAAACAGCCUCCAUCAGCAGUAGAAUGCCAUCAUUGUGGCAUUAGUGCCAAGUCUACACCAAUGAUGCGGCGUGGACCCAAUGGACCAAGAACCUUGUGCAAUGCAUGUGGACUUGUGUGGGCAAAUAAGGGAACCAUGCGAGACCUUUCAAAAAAUCCAUCUUCACUCAUUCAAACUCGACUGCCUGAAGCAAAAGAUUUGAGUGAUUCUCCAGGAGAAGCAGACAUGCAGCCUCUUCCAUUAGCUGCUAACGAUAAGCAAUGUCCCAAUGUAGCAUAUUUUUUCCAUAAGCACAUAUCAUUCUACCUUUGCAAUCUUUUAGCAGUCCUGCUAUUCCAGCCAUAUUAG